GCAUGAUUUGUCUGUGGACUUGUCGUUUUUCAGGAUGUCAACAUCCCAAUGCUGCACUCCAAGUUUCCCCGUCUCAAGAAGUUGGAAAUUUACAUCAAAAGACCACAAGCUGUUCUGUCUUUGAUUUCCUUUCUUGAUGCUUCUCCGGCCUUGGAUUCAUUCAUCCUACGCGUAGAUGCGAAUGUCUUGAGGCCUGAUUCUGUUGUUGGAGGCGAGAAUGCCGCUGAUGAUCCAAGGUGGAAGCCACAGUGCCGACAUGAUUGUCUCAGACAGGUGACGGUCAUAGGGUUUUGUUCGGAAAAAAAUCUGGUUCAGUUUGUGAUCUAUAUCGUUGAGAACACUCCUCGGCUUGAGUCCAUCACACUAGACACAACCUUGUGGUCUGGUAGGAGGUGUGAUAUUAAUGGCAAAUCAAGAAAGAUGAAAAGGAGUUGCGAGAUGAUGACCGAGGGUUGUAUCGCCGAGGCUCACAGAGCUGUUAAGGUUGCCAACAGAUACAUUGCAGGGAGAGUUCCCUCGGGUGUUAGGUUCCAGGUCCUGGAGCCGUGUAGCCAGUGCAACGCGCGUACUCACAGCGGGUGGUACUAGUGUGGUUUGUCUUAAGAACCUUGACCGGGUCCAACCCGUUAGCAGAACUUUUGUUUUCUUUCCUAAUUUAUUUGCAUGCAAGACAUUCCAUUUAUGAAACAACAUGAAGCAUUUCCUUUUAUUGCUUUUUUCUCUCAUACCUUUCCACAUAAGAGAUUU